UUCCCUUCCCUGCCGGGGUGUCCGAGCCCCGGCUACGCUGGGGCAGGAGCUGCUGGAGGGAAGCCGGUUCCGCGUGGGGGGACCGGAGGAUCACACGGAGGUGUUACAUGUUUGUGGGCUUAGCUCUGGAUUAAACACCUUUAAAAGGCUCUUUAGCCUAAGCAUGGGCUGUUGCGACUGAGUUUAUCAUCGCGCUGCCUUCCCACCGCAGCAGAGGCGUCACUGAAAGGACCGGCUCGCGUUUGUUUGUUUGCGUGUGCGCUCCUUCUGUGAUGAAAUAAUGCAGCGUGCCUGGGGUAUAGGCGGGUGUAGAAAUACGGCAGAAAUGUAGCUGAUUAAGUUUUUGGUUUUUUGUUUUGAUGAUAUGCUCUUCUUGAAGAGACAUCCUUUCGGAGGAGCCUCCUCUUCAUAACCUCUUGCGCUGUUCUUGGAGGAAAAGAGGGUGUGUCUGUGGCAAUGGACGAAAUUCUGACAGUUCUUCAUUUGCACGCUUCCGUAUUUUGUGUUUGUGCUUCUGUCAUGACGUAUAUAUCAUGAUAGCAUCAUAUAUAACAUGGUGUGUGUUAUUGUGGUUUUCUCAUUUCCUCUUUGGUAAAUUGACCCCAAUGCCUGGCUCCGGGCACUGAUGUACAUGAGCGGUGUGUGUUUGCUGCCUGGGCUUCCCUGCGAUUUACUGGGCCAUGCAGGAUUUGAUUGCCAUGUUCCAUCAUCCAGGAUCUGCAUGUUUAUGACAAGGCAGAUCCUCGCUUAUUUGACCUAAAUUAAGUGAUGGAAUCAUACACUAAAGAAAAAAAAUCAUCCUUGGGUCUUUGGUGUUCAUGUUUGUGUGAAAGAAUCUAGGAUGUUUCAAGAAAAGGUGUCAGCAAAUUGCUUAAAUAUAGUACCAACAUCUACUGAAGAUGGUGCUUUCCAAAAGAAAGGCCAUAGUGCUCGAGUCCUUAGCCCAGAAGAAGCAGAAAAACUGGAAAAAGAUCAGGUUUUGGUGUCUGAGUUCAAACAGCUAAAACUGGAGAAAGAGGCACAGAAGAACUGGGAUCUGUUUUACAAAAGAAACAGCACCAACUUCUUCAAGGACAGACAUUGGACAACCAGGGAGUUUCAAGAAUUAAAGGCAUGUCGUGAGUUUGCAGAUCAAAAGCUGACCAUUCUGGAAGCAGGCUGCGGGGUUGGGAACUGCUUGUUUCCACUCUUAGAAGAAGAUAAGAAUAUUUUUGCAUAUGCCUGUGAUUUCUCUCCUAGAGCUGUUGAGUAUGUGAAGAAAAAUGCCUUGUAUAGUACUGAAAGAUGUAAAGUGUUCCAGUGUGAUCUUACCAAAGAUGAUCUUCUAGACAAUAUACCAGCAGAUUCUGUGGAUGUUGUCACACUUAUAUUUGUGCUUUCUGCCAUUCAUCCUGACAAAAUGCAUCUUGUCCUGAGGAACAUUUACAAGGUAUUAAAACCAGGCAAGUGUGUCCUGUUCCGAGACUACGGCCUGUAUGAUCAUGCAAUGCUCAGGUUUAAAUCAGGCAGCAAACUUGGGGAAAAUUUCUAUGUCAGACAAGAUGGGACAAGGUCAUAUUUUUUUACUGAAGAGUUCUUAUCUCAGCUUUUCAAGGCGGAGGGAUAUGAGCAAGUGGUCAACGAAUAUGUGCAGCGAGAAACUGUGAAUAGGAAAGAGGACUUGCGUGUUCCAAGAGUUUUUCUUCAAAGCAAGUUUCAAAAGCCUUUCAGGGAGACAUAAGUUCUUGCUGAUCAGCAGCAGCAUUGCUUGUUUGAAGUGGAAACUAGCACAUAAGCUGUGUGCUCAUCUUUCUGGUGAACCAAAAAUGUUGGCAUCCAGUACCUCUUGUUGGUUUCCAUCCUAGGAUACAAAACAUGAAUUCUCUUUCUAAUUCAAUUUUAAGACUGUUAAGUGAUGCAGGCAACCUGUUGAGCAUCUGUAUUCCUGCUUCUAAAAUAAAACCUGUGCCACAUUGUUGGAGAAUCAUGUAAAGCAUAUA